AUGAACCGGCUCCAGGAUGAGUAUGACUCCUACGCGGUUGAAGAGCCUAGCGAUGAGGAGCCAGCUCUGAGCAGUUCUGAAGAUGAAGUGGAUGUGCUUUUACAUGGAACUCCUGACCAAAAACGAAAACUCAUCAGAGAAUGUCUUACUGGAGAAAGUGAAUCUAGUGAAGAUGAAUUUGAAAAAGAAAUGGAAGCUGAAUUAAAUUCUACCAUAAAAACAAUGGAGGUCAAAUUAUCCUCCCUGGAAACAGGUUCGUCUUCAGGAAAUGGGAAAGUUGGAACAGCUUCCACAAAGUACUAUGAUGAUAUAUAUUUUGAUUCUGAUUCUGAGGAUGAAGACAAAACCGCACAGGUGACCAAGAGAAAAAAGAAGAAACGACACAGGAUUCUAACAAAUGAUGAGUUACUGUAUGAUCCUGAAAAAGAUAACAGAGAUCAGGCCUGGGUUGAUGCACGAAGAAGAGGAUACCACGGUUUUGGAACACAGAGGCCACGCCCACAACCACAGCCUGUUCCAAAUAGCGAUGCUGUCCUGAACUGCCCUGCCUGUAUGACCACACUGUGUCUUGAUUGUCAAAGGCAUGAAUCAUACAAAACUCAGUAUAGAGCAAUGUUUGUGAUGAAUUGUUCUGUCAACAAAGAGGAGGUUCUAAGAUAUAAAAUUCCAGAGAACAGGAAGAAAAAGCGAGGCCAUAAGAAGAUGCGGGCUAACCAGGAAGAUGCUGCAAAGCAGGCAGAGACAGAAGUGGGAGAGAUCUAUCACCCUGUUAUGUGCACCGAAUGUUCCACCGAAGUGGCCGUCUAUGACAAGGAUGAAGUCUUCCACUUUUUCAAUGUUUUGGCAAGCCAUUCCUAA